AUGACGGCGGAAAAUAACUCAAAUAUGUUAAAUUUUCUGCUUUUUGGGUUUGUGACGGCCAUCGCUUUCUACUCGGGUACCCAAUUCAACAAACCUUCCGAGUCAACUGAGCACGUCAGCCACGCCAGUUUGUAUACAACAAAGAAAUUCGAUGAUGGAGCCAAAGAAUACUCGAUUAUGCUCAUCACCGACUUGGAUCAUGAGAGUAGAGACGGAAAGAAGUGGAGAAGUUUGGUUUCACGUGGAUUUUUGAAGAUUUCUGCUGACCACAAGCAUGCUGACAUCCACUUCGACAAAGAUUCGGAGUAUUUUGUUGACACAAACAUUGCCGCCGGUGGUCGUGCUAUGGAAAUGUCCGACCUUGCUGUCUUCAACGGUAAACUGUACUCGAUCGACGACAGAACUGGUCUUAUUUAUCAAAUUAGUGACAAAAAGGCGAUUCCAUGGGUUCUUCUGAACGACGGACCAGGAAACGUUAUCAAGGGAUUGAAGGGAGAGUGGAUGACAGUAAAAGAUACUGAAUUGAUUGUCGGAGGACUGGGAAAAGAAUGGACAACUACUGACGGAGAAUAUGUAAACGAUCAUCCAAUGUGGGUGAAACAUGUCUCUGCUGCUGGAGCCGUCCAUCAUGUCAACUGGAAGGACGUUUUCAUCCGUGUCCGUAGAGCCGCCGGUAUCGAGUACCCAGGGUACAUGAUCCAUGAAGCUGUCCAAUGGUCCCCAAUCCACAGAAAAUGGUUCUUCCUUCCAAGAAGAAUGUCGAAUGAGAAGUACUCCGAGGCAGAGGAUGAGAACAGAGGGACAAAUGUGUUGAUCAUCGGAAAUGAGGGUCUGACUGACUUCGAGGUUGUCAGAGUUGGAGAAGAGAAUAACAAAGCAAGAGGAUUUUCUGCUUUCCAAUUUGUUCCAAACACCCAUCAUCAACUCAUUGUUGCUCUUAAGUCAGAAGAGAAGGACGGAAAGCCAAUCGCCAGUUACGCAUGUGUCUUUGAUAUCCAUGGAAACGUUAUCCUCGACGAGUACCUUCUCCACGGACCAUACAAAUACGAGGGAAUCGCUUUCGCUUGA